GCUGAGUGACGUCAUAGCCGUAUGAUGUCAGUCGAGAGGGUACGGAAGUUGCACAUUGAGUGAAGGCGAGCUAAAAACAAUAAGCACUGUCAAUAUGGCAAGUCAUCCAAAGUCUAUGGGGGUAAUUGAAGGCUACCAAGUUUUCACUAAUGACGUUCAGCCAGAUGUAAAGCAAGAACCAGUUGAUCCAGAGUUUGAUAAGGUUGGACAGUCAGAGAAUGAUGCAAAUGAAGGAAAUAAGAAAAGCAUCCGAGAUCUUCUCAAACAGUUAGUAGAGAACAGGAGCAAAGAACUAACUGUAAAGACUGUUGUUGAAAAUUUACUCCAACAGAAUGAAGUCUUGCUUGCUCAGAGUGAUGCCCAGGCACUCAAACCUAACCCUCGUACUGUAAAACCUAAAAACACUGAGCAAAAUUUUGAAAGCCAUGGCAGCAUUUUAACUCCCAAGGAUCCAACUGUAUCAUGUUCGAAAGAAGAUAUGCCAAACAUCAACAAUGCUUUGGUUGAAGUGAAUGUAAACGAAGCAAACACAACUAAUUGUGACCCUGACCUUGUAUGUGCUGUUGGGUCAAAGAUCAUCCUCAUGACCCCUCAAGGUCAGCCGCUGCAGAUGGAUAUAACCUACUAUUGGUGUAACUUCUGUAGUUACAAAUCGGAAAAGAAAGCAACACUGUUACAGCACGUGAUGGAGCAUAGAUUUCACUGCAAGUACUGUAAGUUUCAGUCUUUUUCAAGAGCCGCUGUUAUACACCACUGCACAGAGGAGCACGAGAGUUUUGCUGAAACUGCUACCACACUGAAAUAUUGCACAUACCUUCCAGACUUGUUACAAAAAAAUGAGCUGAAGAAGAGAAAACAAGAUGGUGGGGAUGUUGAUGCUCCUGGAGCAAAGAGAGCACGAGUGGAACACACCGAGUUACUAAAUAUGGAAGUUGAAGAAGUGGAUGCUUCUGACACUUCUAAACCAGUUGAACAGACAAAGAUUAUUAAACCUUCGCUCACUGUAUCUGGAAACUCUGCCGAUAGCACUCCUGUGGUAGCAACCACUGAAAAUAAUGGCCUGCCAGUGAUUUCAAGUGUAAUGAGCGGUCACCAAGCAGUGUCUGAAGCUUUAACAAGUACAAAACCACCACCUGAAAAACAGCCAACACCUAAACGUUUAAGCAGUGUCACACCUGCCACCGCAACUGCUCCUGCUCCUGCUCCUGCCUCCAUUCCUGUCUCUACCCCUGCCUCCAACGCUGCCUCUGGUGUGACAGUGUCAUCUGGUCUCUGUUGGAAUUGCGGCUACUGUGGCUUUGUUACUCUCAGUCAGGCAUUCCUCAAGAUACACUUAAACGCACAACAUCAGGCAAAAGCGCACAAAUACGUUGCUAUGCUGGUUUCUUCGGAAGAAGAGAUGGCUCGAAUAAAAGCGUCUGAUGCUCAGUUGGUAACAAACCCAUCUGGAGGUGGCGUAAUAGUUCCAGUGACACCUGUUAAACCUUCUGAUCUUCCGUCUGCCCCUGGUCGUUCAUCACUUCCUACAACUCUUCCAGCUCCAACACCAAAACCUGGCAUUGAAAUAGAUAAUGCUGAAAGUGACACGCCCAAAGUAACCCAUGAGGAAACAGAAGAAGAAAAGAAGAUUCCAGUAUCGUACAAAUGUGCUCACUGUAAUUUCAGUUAUCCACAGGAGGACAAAGUGAGGAUCCAUCUAUUCCAGAGGCACAGUGGAUGUGUGAUCUAUGCACUUGACAUGAAAGCUGUCAAGCUACGGCAGAAGAGAUAUAUUUUUUUCUGUCUUAAAACAAAAUGUUCUUUCAAGACAAAAGAAACUGAUGAAUAUUUGGAACAUAUCAGUAAAUGUACUCCUUGGCUCGAUGGUACUGAACGAAAAGAUGUUGAUGCAGGGAUGGUGAAAUCUCUAGAGCUGACAAAGACUUUUAUUGAAAAGACUGCGAAUGGAAUGAGUUUUGGAAAAGACACGAGACCAGAGAAAACAGCUGAGUAUGCCUGUAUCUAUUGCUCUUACAUUUCUAAUAACAAUACAAGAUUGAAGAAGCAUGUGAUGACAAAUCAUGCAGAUAAAAGCUGUAUCAUCAAAGAUGUACCAGCAAGUAGAGCAAACAGAAAGAGCUCUGUUUACUUUUGUAAUUAUUGUCUAUGGGAAACAAGAGAAGGUAGUGAACUUGAGCUGCAUUUAGCAGAAAGACACAAUACCGCUACAAAAACAAAACCAGCAAUGGAAACAGAGGCUAGUGCUUCAUCAAAGCCUUCAUCAAAACCAGAGGAAAAUAAACCUACUCCAGCUAGUGAGAAAAAACCAGAACCAGAAAAGAAGACAUCCCCAGUUCUCAGAAAAAGACGGCAAGUUCAAGAAAAAUCAGAGGAAAGAGAAACUCCUUCACCUGAGGCAAAUGAAUACAAGUCUGAUAAUGAUGAGAACGCUAAUGACGAAGAGGAAUUAGAUGAAAAUGAGUAUGAAGGAAUUAUACCAUCUGCUAAAUAUCAAAAGGCAAUGGCAGCAUAUAUUGCAAGUGAAAAUCCUGAUACAAAGAAAGCAAGGGGCCGUCCAUCUAGAAAUGCUGCGCUCAAAUGUCGGAUCAAAGUCAAAUCUAUCAAAGCUCCACCAUUAUACAAAUGUCUGCAUUGUGAAGAGGUUCAUUUCGGUACAAAGUUAAUGAGAAAUCAUCUGCGAUUGGAGCAUAAAAACCAACCACUGCGAGCGAUUGAUGUUUUAAAACAAGAGAAGAAAUAUCCUAAUUUCUACAUCUGCUUUUGUCCUUCAGAUAACUGCGCAUUUUGUGAACCUGUAGCUACAGAUGUCUUGAACCAUGCUAAGAAUAAGCACGGAAUCAGUGCAACAAAUAAUGAUCUUGUAAGAAUAAUGAAUGUAUAUUCUGGACCAAGCACAAGUGCAAGAGGGCGACCAGCCACAGCUGCCACUGGGGAAAGUUACGAAUGUCUGUACUGUAGCCAAUCAAAGCUUUAUCAUUCCAGGAGAGAUAUGAAGAAGCAUUUGAUCGAUGAACACAAUGGAGAAGAAUUUAUAUUCAGGGAUUGUAUCGCUAGAAAACUUCGCCAGCCUUCCAGAUUCUACAUGUGUCACAACAUUACCUGUGACUUCACUUCAGAAAAACAAAAGGACUACCUCUUGCAUAUGUUAGGGCACCAGAAAGCGAAGAUUUAUGAGUGUUCUAAAUGUCAGUGGUUUACAUCCGUGGAGGGGGAGAUAGAUAAUCACUUGGCGAGUGUUCAUAACGGGGAAGGAAUUACAACAUUGGAAAUUGAUCUAGAUCUAGAUAGUUUAGGAAACACUUUAAAAUUAGUUGGUGGAACUGUUAUAAAGACGGAGAAAUAAAUACAUGAUUAUAUACAAAAUACAGGAGACAGAAAAAAAUCUAUGGUACUUUAAUAUAAAUGUACAAAAAAAACUACUUGAAAUCAAAUAACAUGAAUAUCUAAACAAUUUUUACCUUCAGCUGUUAAAUAUUGUAAUGUAGCUUGGUUUUAUGAGAGAUAAAACAUUUGUACACGGAGAAUCAAACUAUUAAGUGUAAAUAACACCUGGUACAGCUGAAUAUCAUUGUAAGUAGUUUUAUUAGAUAUCUUAAGUUUCAGUGGUAGUUUUACCAAAAGGGAAUGCAUUGACUAUUUGAUACAAUAUAGCGACUUUUGUUUCUAUGAAGCCAUUGUAAUUGUUCAUGAGUUUACUUGUGUUACCUCUUUACUCACAUGCAAGAAAUGUAAUAUUAUUGAAGUGAAAUAGUACGUGACACUUGUACAGUAUGUAAAUAGGUGACAUUUAUAGUGUGCAUUUAAAUCGUUGUUGUCCUGUUGAUGGAUUUUUACCAUAGAAACUAUUUUGAAGAUUCAGUUGUACCCUUAGCAAAUAGUGUACAAGUAUCUAUAUAUCAUUUUUACUUGGAAAAUUCUUUGGUUGUACAUGGAAUAGUUUGUAAUACUUGUGGGUGGAUAACAGUGACCAAUGUUGUUCAGUGCUGGGUGCAAACUCUUUUUAAAUACUAUUAAAUGAAAUUAUUGAUUUAGUAUUGUUGAUACCAGCACAUUUUCGGGAUAGUUUUGAAUUUUAAUGAAUUUAUUUCUGAAAUGAAGGAAUUUCUGUUAUGUUGGUAAAAAUGGACAGAAAUAAGUUCAUAAAAUGUUCGUAAAAUAAAUAUUCUCAAUUUCUAGAGAUACUCCACAAUGAGAUAUUUCCUUUCUUUGCACCAAAUAUUUAUGUUAGUAUAAUGGUGUUUUAAAUUGUGAAAUACAGUAUGUGUCAUAUAAUAAAAAGAUACAUGGUAACAGUUCUUGUAUACUUUCUAUGAUAGUAUAAAACAAAUAACUACUGGAAAAUCCUAUACUUGUUUUGACAUUUUUUUGUGGUUUUAGACAAAAUAGUUUUUUUUUUUUUUGUGGAGAUACACUAUUUCAAAGUUUGAAAAAAUGAAUAGUUUUUCAAUAGAGUUUGAUGAAAUCCAGAUAAAUCAUUCUGCCAUGAACAUGCUGGUUACAAAUGCACUAUGUUGGUUUUCUCAUGGUGCAGCUCAAUUAUGUGCAUCCUUUGAAAACAGUGCAACUAACUCAACUUGUCUUACCUUUUCUUUGUAACAGUAAUAUUGCUGAUGGUUUAACUUCACUGAGCAAUCACCUGUGAAUGAUGAAUAUCUUUGAACAGUAUAAGCAGUUACAAAUCAUGAAGUCUUUAUACCUCUCUCAAAUCCCAAUUUAAAGUUGCUGAGAAACUACCCAAAUGUACGAUACAGGAGGUUUUUAUUAAAACUUUUACAGGGUUGAACCCGCCCACUUAGCUCAGUAGGUAAGAGUGUUGGUCUACGGAUCGCUGGGUCGUAAGUUCGAUCCUCGGGCGGGGCGUAUGUUUUCCGUGACUAUUUGAUAAACGACACUUUGUCUGAAAUCACUAGUCCUCCACCUCUGAUUCAUGUGGGGAAGUUGGCAGUUACUUGCAGAGAACAGGUUUGUACUGGUACAGAAUCCAGGAACACUGGUUAGGUUAACUGCCCGCCGUUACAUGACUGAAAUACUGUUGAAGAACGGCGUUAAACCCAAAACAAAAAAAAAUUUACAGGGUUGAUCUGGAAGUAUUGUUUAUAGAGACAUAAAAGUUAAGAAUAAUCAAGAAACAUGGAAACUGUGAGCGCUGCAUGUCAUCGAGGUUGGAGUCCACAUUGUUUCACAAGGCAGGAACAUGCACAUGCACUGACACUGUAGUAAAUUUAAACUGACCAUGUAAAUACAUGUACAUUAUUUUAUGUUUUUCGGUGGUUUAUCGAAAUAUAACGGUGAAUUAUAUCCUGAUAAACUCACUGGCCACUCAGUGAAAAUUAUCAAAUCUGAUACCCGGAUUAACGUCAAAAAGUUUACCGAGCGUACUGAAAGCCGGAAACAAUAUGACGAUGACGUCGUUAAAAUGACGUCAUCUUUGCGAUGCUUCCUGAUAAAAUUUCCCGCAAAUUUCGACAUUUUAUUGAAAUAAACACAACAAAAGUAGAGUUUUAGACAUAAAAUAAACAGAAAAAUUGUUGGUGUCGAUGUAAUAUCACGGUAAUUUCACUCGUGAACACCAAAAGUUGUUAUUUUCACUCGUGGCUGCGCCACUCGUGAAAAUAUCACUUUUGGUGCCCACUCGGUGAAAUUAUAACGUGAUAUUACACCGAAACCAACAAUUAUCCUCUAUAUCUUUUAAUUGCUGACUGUAAAGACUUUAUAUCACCUUAUUAAUAUACAUUAUAUAUAAUUGCCUUACUGAGUGCUAACAGUUGAUUUAAUUUUGUCUGUUUAUGAAACUGUGAUUAUUCUGAAGUGCAGAACUACAUGAUGUCUAAUCAUUUACUUUGAAUUUCUGUCUAUUUAAAAUCAAACUUAACAGGAAAUAAUCCUCUUGAAAUCAGAAACAUUGAUACAUCUCCAUUUUGAAAAAAUAGACAUAUUAUGGAAUGGCAUUUGCCUGUCAACAUUUCUUGCCAGGUGUAGAAGCAUCUAUACAUGGUACUCUUAUCAGAAUGUUAGUAAUUUUGGUUUGCAGAAUGGGAGAUCAAACUCUCAGUCCCUGGUUUCAUAGUCAGUGUUACCUUUCAGACUUAAGACAAUGACAAAGUAUUACUAGAGAAAGAUCCCUAAUGAUCUUGGGCCUGUGGCUUCAAGGUCAAGGUCACAGACUAAACUUAUUAUUGUUCUAUUUUUAGUUGUUUUUUUCUUCCAAGCUCUUAGGCAGAAAGUAUGCUCGUUCGGUUGCAAAAGGGCAUUGUAAUGCCCUGUUAGGUGGAGCUGUUUUUUUUUAAUUAUAAUACAGAUGAAUAAUGAUGUGGUGUUAUUUGCAUAGAAGGUAUUUUGUUAAUAUAUAACAAUUCUGUUACAGACAGGCUGGAAUUUUUACAGUGCACCAUUGUUCGUUAGUUUCUAUUCCAUGUUUAUUUAUCUUCAUUGAUAAAGAAGAUGAACUUUUGAGAAUGUUUUUGGCAUGUUUAAUCUACAGUAUUUUAAUUUUGUGCUCUACUUUUCUAGAUACUGUACAAGUGGUUAUUUUUUGUAUUGAAACGUUUUGCAUAGUGCUGAUAAAAGACUUUUCAGUGCAAAAGAUAGAUAUAUGAUAAAUAAGUUUGCUGUCUAGGACAGUUAUUUUUUUUAUAAUGCUCAAAGUGCAAGUAAGUGAUUAUUCUGUCAAAUGUUGAAUUUCAAGAUAAUACUUAUCAGUCCACAAAAUCACAGUCCUUUCUAUGUUGCAAAAUAAUACUCUCUAAUUAGUAGUCAUUAUUCAUCAUUGAGUUUCUUUUAUAUAAGUGAUGUAUUAGAUAUUGUGAAAUCUUUUUAUUUUAUGGGCAUGAAACUGCUAUUUCUUGGGGAUAUGAAUUUUUGGAUUCCUACUUUUGAAGAUGAAUUAUCAUUUAUUUUGACUUGUUGAGAUUUAAUUUCGUGGAUUGACAUUACCGGGAAAUCUAUGAAAAUAUCCCCCAUAGAUAUUUUUUAUUACCAAGUAAAGUAUAAAUAUCAUUAUUUGGGUCAUUCAAUGACAAGACCAGUAUUAGUGACAUAUAAUUAUAACUUAUGCGAAAUACUGGAAUAUCAUUGUUUUUGAUGUUGUGAGAAACCUGACUUGUAACUAGAAUGACCUUGAUAAUACGAAAAUAUGCUAUUGUUAUUUUAAUGUAAUAUUUUCAGUCUUCAAAAAUUUAAACAUAUGAUGGCUAGUGGCAUACUCUACAGCAUGCACAGCACCAUUGAAAUACUUUCAUGACAUUCUUCUCAUCACAUCUGUAAACACAAUAAUAACUCUUUAAUUAGUAAAAAUAACGUAAGAUUUAAAAUUCUAAAUUUUGAUUUUUCUUGUGCCAUUAAUAUAGGUUUUGUAAUGGAAUGGCCCAUACGUUUUUGAUUAUUGUACAAAUGUAUGGCAGAUUAUGUAAAUAAAUGGAGAUAUAAUGUU